ACUGGAAGCUACUGUGUUCAAAUCGGCAGCACAUUUGUUUUAAAUCUCCCAAUGCUCAUGGGUUGCAAGUUUUAAUGAUCCACGGGACGUUGCGAAGUCUAGCGGAUACGUUUUAAGUGGACCGUUGCUGACAGUUAAAGGGAUUUUUGGAGAGUAUACAAGGCAGAUGGAGGAUCCUCCUGCAGAUUCAGGCGGUGGUGGUGGUGGCGGCGGCGGUGCAGCAGCGGAGGGCCCCGUGGUGCAGGUGGCAGAUAUCUGCUGGCCGGCCGGGGCUCUCCCUCUACGGCUUUUAGAGUGGAAAGUCAAACCUGGGUGUCUUGUCAAUGUGGACUCCGUGUUAGCACUGUGUGCUCCCAUAGCCCAGGAGAACACAGAGGCUGCCAGGCUACCGGAGAGAAAGGUGAAAUCGGACCGUGCUGGAGUAGUGAAGGAGCUUUGCUGUCAACUUGGACAAGUCAUACCUCCCGGCGGUGUCAUCGUCAGAAUAGAAGAAUGCAGCCAUCCAAUAGUGAUGAAGGGUUUAUGUGCUGAAUGUGGCCAGGACCUGACUCAGCUGCAGAGCACGAACGGGAACCAGCAAACUCCCAUCUCCACAGCAACCGUCUCCAUGGUGCACAGUGUCCCUGAGCUGAUGGUCAGCUCAGAGCAAGCGGAGCAGCUGGGCAGAGAAGACCAGCAGAGACUCCACCGGAACAGAAAGCUGGUCCUGAUGGUUGAUCUGGACCAGACGCUGAUCCACACCACUGAACAGCACUGCCAGCGUAUGUCCAAUAAGGGCAUCUUCCACUUCCAGCUGGGCCGAGGAGAGCCCAUGCUGCACACACGGCUGCGCCCACACUGCAAGGCUUUCCUGGAGAAGAUCGCCAAACUCUAUGAGUUACAUGUCUUCACAUUCGGGAGCCGUCUUUAUGCACACACCAUCGCUGGCUUUCUGGAUCCUGAAAAGAAGCUUUUCUCUCAUCGGAUCCUUUCCAGAGACGAAUGCAUCGACCCUUUCUCCAAGACGGGGAAUCUUAGGAAUCUUUUCCCUUGCGGGGACUCCAUGGUCUCCAUAAUUGACGACAGAGAGGACGUGUGGAAGUUUGCACCUAACCUCAUCACUGUGAAGAAAUACAUCUACUUCCAGGGCACGGGGGACAUCAACGCUCCCCCCGGAUCACGGGAAGCUCAGAUGGCAAAAAAAGCAGGAGGCUCGUCAAGUCGACCGACAGAGAGCACAGAAGCAGGAGGGACAGUUGUUGCCGAUGAGCAAAAUAACGGCCCUAGGAAACGGGCGAAAGACCACAACAUUUCUGGAAAAGAAGAGUCAACAGCAUCUCAGUCUUCUCAGGGAGAACCAACAAAUGAACGGACUAAUCCCACAGGGGUUGUGGAGGAUGAAUCGGGAGAGGGUAAAGCACCAGAGACUGUGGUGGAGUCUGGAGCAGGGUCAAGGGAAACUCAGGUUGGUGACAGAACAAAUGCUGAGGAAGAUGAUAGCAACAGGACACUGUUGACACGAGAGGCACAGGAUGGCGCAAACUCAUCAGUACCGAGCCAUGAAUCCAAUAACUUGGACUUUGAACUUUCCAGCGACAGUGACAAUGACUCCAUAACAGAAAAGCCUCCUUCAUCAGAGAGUGAUGGUGGUGAUGGUGAAGGCAAAUCCUGCCAGAUAAAUAAAUCUGGACAGGAAGUAGUCAUGCAAGAGCCUCGGGAUGGGGAAGGGCCGAUCCAAGGGGAUAGUAAAGGCCGAAGUGAAGGAGAAACCACCUCUGACACAGUAGAACCUUCAGGAGUCCUUCUUCCAGACCCUGAGUUAGGAAAUGGUUGCUCAGAUAGGAGAGAACCAGAAACAGAAUCCCAGAAUAGUGAACAAUCUGGGGUCACCAUGGGGGAGGAGAUGCUGGAUCAGAGUAUGGAAGAUGAGGAGGAGGAGGAAGAAGAGGUCGAUAUUGAUCAGGACGAUCACUUGAUCUACCUGGAGGAAGUGCUAGAAAGGAUCCACGCAGAGUACUACGCACGUUACGAGGCCUACCUGAGGAAGGAGGCCUCUGAAAUGCCGGACAUCCGCAAGAUUGCCCCGGAGCUGAAAAGCAAAACACUGGAAGGGACGAUGAUAGUGUUCAGUGGCCUAUAUCCAACCAACUACCCCAUGGAGAGAACCCGUGAGUUCUACCAUGCCAAAGCACUGGGGGCCAAGAUUGGCAAGAAUCUGAUUCUGAGCUCCCAAGAUCCUAGUCGGACAACGCAUCUCAUCGCAGCAAGAGCAGGCACAGAGAAGGUUCGUCAGGGUCAAGGCUGCAAGCACCUCCAUGUUGUCAACCCCGACUGGCUGUGGAGCUGUCUGGAGCGCUGGGAGAGGGUGGAGGAACAGCUGUACCCACUAAAGGAAGACUAUUCCAAGACGCCAAGGAGCAACAGUCCCGCAGCGUUCCCUGACUUUCAGAGUUCUCUGCAGAAGCAUAUUUUCCACCCAGCUCCCAUCCACCAGAGACCUUCACCUCCAGCCCCUGAGGUUCGGACCUACGACCCCGUCACAGGGAAGCUGAUCCGAAGGGGCCCUCAGUUGCAACGGACACCAUCCUACCUCCAGGCGUCAGGGUCUAUGUUGCUCUCUGAUCACAGAGAGCAGUCUUGUCUCAGGGGAACUUCAAAGAGUCCACAAGAUGACGCGGCGGGCUCCAGCCAAGACGAUGAGCAGCCCGGACCGUCUCGCCGGAAACGACAGCCGAGCAUGUCAGAAACUAUGCCUCUAUACACACUCUGCAAGGAGGAUCUAGAGAGCAUGGACAAAGAGGUGGACGACAUGCUAGGUGAGGAGAGCGACAACGAAAGUGAAGGCCGAGGGAAGGAGAAGCCAGGAAACGAGGAGGUGGAAGAUGAAGAGGAGCAGCAGCAGCAGCAGGAGCAGCAGCAGCCAGGAGCUGAACGGACAGCAGCAGGAAGAGGGCUCGGUCCUCAGGCCAUGAGCUUAGAGGAGAGGAUCCAGACGGCGUCCAGCGAGGCCAGCGUGCCGGGCAGUGUGCCAAGGGGCCACAAACGUAAGCACGAUGAAGCCAAGGAGGAGGAGAACAAGGAGGAAUCGGCAGACGAGUCUUCAAAAGACUCCAACGAGGAAGAAGGAGGCAGCAGCUCGGAGGCAGAUGAGAUGGCUGCAGCCUUGGAUGCGGAGCUCAAUGACUUUAUGUAAGUUGGAAGUUGGACGGACUUAGUCACAGGAGGAAAAUAUCAACCCCGGUCACCCCUUCAAGCGGUACCCUAAAAAUCCUAUUUUUCUGCUUUGUAAUCAGUGUGUACUUAGGAUGUAUGAGCCAUGAAUGUGUGCUGUAAUGAAAAUGAAUGUCCUGUACAGAAAUGAUGUGUUGCUGUGUAAAUAAAGGCUUAGAUUUUUUUGUAGCAUUGAUAUAUGGCCUUUUUGGCAUAAAACACUUUGAUGUUAACAUUUUAUUGUAAGAUAACAAACCAGAGGAGACAUAAAAUUUGAUACUUUUUUUGUUUUACUUUUUUCUAUUUCAAUUUUUAUAUUGACGAGAAAAAGAUAAAUGAAAUUAUAAAGCGCAAAUUUUGCUGGUCGUACAUGCCAAAGAGUUUGGAAUAGGUUUGCCACGGCGUGCAGCUAAAUAUUUUACUCUAGACUUCCAGUUUUUACUUUUCUUUUGGCCUCCUCAACAGUUUGUUUGGGUCAUAAAUGCAACCAGCGGAUCUAGACGUUUGAAUGUGUUUCCUGAGUCAUUUGUUCCUUCUCAUGGUGUUUGUACAUUUGAUAACAUAAUGGUAGAGUAAUCUUCUCAGUCUUUGUGAUAACCAGCCCCUUGGUGCACUAUCACCAUGAACCGAAUCCAGUUUGACUUCCAGUUUAUGUCCAUUUUCACGUGUUUCGUAAGUGUUUGGCUUUCCUUUAGUCAACCCACCUCUCCCGUUGAUGUUGUCCAGUUCAGAGGGACAGACUCUCACUAAGCCCCUGCCUACGAAGCAGCAGUAGCUUAUGAAGCCCUGUCGCCUCAGAGUUCACCCAAAUUACAAAACUUAUUUUCUCACUUAAGUUUAGUGUUGUAUAACUAUGUGUACUAGUUUGGAUUUUGAGGUCUACAUCUCUGAGGCUUCUGCCUUCGUUCCCUGGGGUUGUGUUGAGUUUUACUGCUUUAAAAAGGUUUCACAAUGACUGUUUUUUUUUCUUCUGGCAGCUAUUGUGUGUAGGGCUGUUUAUCCAUAUUAAAUACCCUUAACCCUCUGGGGUCUGAGCCUAUUUUGGCCGUUUUUGAAUACUUUUGAUUUUGCCCUUCAUUUACCACAUAAAGAAUGUUUACUAUA